GCCACUUAUCAGAGGAAGGCACCCCUGUACGAUUUCGGGCUAGUUCCUGCCCCUCCGGGUCUCCGGUCGCGGCUUCCCUCCAUCACCAUCACUUUGGGAAGGCACGGGCAGGUGAGUUCGGUUCAAUCAGCACCUCAGGAAAGAACAAGCCAUUUCCCAGCCAUGGCGUAUGGAUCUCGACUGCACUUGCCAGUUGCCCUUUUCACAGCCACCACCAAAACCAUAAAACCAUAUCUUGAGCCAGACGCCGCCAUCUUCUGUCUUCACCAAUCAACCCAGACGCCAUGUCUCCUGCCCCUCACAUGGCCUCGAGGCAGAUUCUAGGUGCAGCCUGGAUCCCGUUCAGCCUCACUUGAACUGUGCUUUUAACUCCCUCUAUCCCCUCAGAAGUAUGUCCAGAAGUUGAGCACCAAUGUCGACGCCCUCCCAACCUUCCUUCACAAGGCUGCUACCAUGGAGUCCCUCCCUCGCGCCGACAGUGUGCGUCUCCUAUGCCUCGACGGCGGUGGUAUCAAGGGAUACACCUCCUUGAUCAUCCUGAAGCGCAUACUGCGCACCGUCCAGGACCUAGGCGGCCUGACACAAGAACCCCGUGCCUGCGAAAUAUUUGAUCUCAUCACUGGCACCUCCACCGGCGGCCUGAUUGCCGUCAUGCUGGGAAAGAUGGGCAUGACCACCGAUGAGGCCAUACGCUGCUACGAGGUCAUGGGUAGCCAAGUCUUUGGCAAUGAGCCCUCAGGCGGCAAGUUUGGCCGCCUGAUGCGCGGCGUCGUUGGAUCUUCCUUUUACAAGAUUCAAAAUUUACAACAAGUGGUGCGAAAGACGCUCUCUGACAAAGAGAUGAAUGAGGAAUCAGACCUGCUUGAGGAGCCACAUCCCGCGUACUGCAGAAUGUAUAUCCUUCUUCCCCAUUCGCCACUCGUGACCAACUAUACUGACCCCUUAGAAUGCUUUGUGUCACUCGUCAAUCGAUUAGCAAAGCCGAUGUGCUUAGGAAUUACAUCGCCAACCACCCAACUCAGGAGAAUUACAAGUGCAAGGUCUGGGAAGCCGCUAGCGCCACUGCAGCCGCUCCAAUGUAUUUUGAUCACGUCAAAUUUCAGCAUGGGGGGGAGACCUGGUGCGAUGGGGGACUCCGCAGGAACAAUCCCAUCAAUGAGGCCCUGGCCGAAGUUGCUCGAGAGCGUCAGUGGAAAGACAAGGAGAUUGGUUGUGUGGUGAGCAUUGGGACAGGCGUCCCAAAACUCAGGGAGACGGCCAAAGAUCUACCUAGUUUCCUCAAAGGCUCCGUCUCCAUCAUGACUGAUGCUGAGGAGACUGCUGAAGUCUUUGCCCAGUCCUCUCACGGCUCCGAGUUGGCUCGAUCAAAUCGCUAUUUUCGGUUCAGUGUGCCUCAAGGGGUUUCAGACCUCCAUUUGGACGACUGGAAGUCGACCGAGAAGAUGAAAAGCUUGACCACCGAUUACCUACGCAAGUAUGGCAGCGGAAGGGAAAUUGAACGCUGUGCCACAUCCCUUUUUGACCCUGACAAGAACUGUACGUAGCCGGCAACCAUCCUUGAUUGGUAUGUCAACUAAGGCCAUCGCCAGUACAGGCUGAUGUCCACGCACUGCCUUCUAUCAUACCGCAUAAGACCUGCGUCUCUUUUAUCACCCGCUCCACGUACUUCACCGACCUGCAGAAUUUUUUUCGGAGCAAAGAUGCCACCCAUCAUGCCUUUGUUCUCUGGGGCCUUGGUGGUACUGGCAAAACUCAGAUUGCACUUCACUUCGCCCACUGGGUCAAGAAUCGUUAUUCCGUCUUCUGGGUCCGCGCAGACUCGUUCAAUAAUUUUGCUCACGAUUUUUCUGCCAUCCAGUCCCAUCUCACGGACGAUGCUCCAGACGCAGGAGUGGUGCGAGAUCAGAUGGAAGUCAUGCGCAAGGUGCGUGGGCAAUUGGAAUCUCAGGAUCUUCGCUGGAUCAUCGUUCUCGAUAACGCCGACGACUUUGAUGACUUCACUGGAGCCGAGUCAACCACCAGCAGCAUCGCAUCUUUUCUGCCUUCCACUGGCAGAUUUCUCAUUACCUCUCGAGACCCCAGAUUCCUUGGAGGUUUCGUCCCAGCGGAGAAUGGACGACGUGUACUACCCAUGGACGUAGGUGAAGCCGAACAACUACUCCUGAAAUGCAUUCCUCAGCACCUAUUACCAACCAAGACCAAUGACUCGGAAUAUGCUCGUGAACUAUUGACCGAGCUUGGAUAUCUCCCCUUGGCCAUUGCCCAGGCAGCCGCCAACAUUAGUGACCAACAACUCACCCUCCUCGAAUAUGUCAAAGCUUAUCGCAACAGGAGGGAGCGCCUGCAUUUGUUGGAGAAAGGUACUCGCGACCAUCAGUCAGCCGACCCCCGAAACAUGCUUCAAUCUGUCAAAGUGACCUGGGAUCUCUCCAUGCAAUAUUUGGAGGAAAAGCACCCUCUUUCUGCCCUCUGCCUCAACUAUCUGGGCUUUUGGCACUGGCAAGACAUCCCUACGGAGGUGCUGCGAAGACUGCCGGAAUUCCAGGACAUGGCACCUCUGCGUUUCAGGGGCGUCCUGAGGAAGCUGCUCCACCUAUCUUUGGUAGAGAUGACGAGCGAAGAAGGUGGUGAAUGGCCUCAGAUAUCAUUACACCCCCUCGUUCACAGUCGGAUAUCAGAACGGAUAGCGCCAAAGCUGGCAGAGACAUGCCUGGUGAACAGUGUGACUUUGCUUGCGCGGCUGUUUCCAAUCUACUCAAAUGGAUACACGGCAGUACAACUGGGGCUUUGUACAUUGUUGCAAUCGCAUAGCACGAUACAAGUCCAAUUCUGCGAGGAUUUUACAGUCAAAGCACCAUGUGUGGUGACGCUUGUGUUGGGAUUGGCAACGUACUUUAGACUGAUGGGUUUGACUCGAGAGUCGGUGCGACUGUCACGCAAGGCUUUCGAGGCGACGGAAGAGCUUCCGGGACCUCUCUCUAUUGAAAAACUCGAAGCUCGAGCUGGAUUGGUCCGAAGUCUAUCCGCCGACGCUGAGUACGCCUUGGCGGUGGAAGAAUGUGAGCAGGUUCUUGCCAUGCUGCCGAUGGCCGAUAUUGACAAGGCGUAUGCUCGACAGCUGGAAUUGGACAUCUAUGGACAUGCCAUGUCCGCCUAUUCUAGCACGGGACGAUUUGCAGAGACGGUAGAGUUUGCACGGUCGGUGCUGAAGCAUGCAGAAGAUUUUCCAACAGAAACCACUCGAGCAGCAACCCUCACAGCACGACAUGAUCUGUCUCACUACAUGCGAUCUGCGGGAGAUGUGGACGGAGCCAUCCAACUCAAUCAACAAGUGCUCGAAGAGAUGGCAGCCGUGAUAGCGGAAGACCCGGAGGAGAUUGCCCUGCAGGCACACAUGAGCGCCAUGACUUUACGAGGGCAUCUCUUGAGUAAGAAGGAGGAUGCAGAGAGGAAGGAAGCACGAGAGCAAGGCCUGACAGUGACUGAGAGGACUCUGGCACCCGGUCAAGAAGAUGAGAUUCUCAAUAUCUAUGCAGAGGUGUACCGUCGAUACCUUGAGGAUGCCAACAUCUGGAGCAUCGACCUUUGGAAAGCGUGCAACAAUGUGCUCACGAGAAUGUUCACCUUGCAAUUCAGUUGCUAUCAACGGUUCGCCAUCGUACAGCCACUUUUGAGUGCGGCGAUCAAGAACCCGAUUUUCUUGCAGGGAAGGAUCUUGGAGACAUUCAAGCACACAUAUCACGCAGCUGCAAACAUCUUGAGAGAGCUGACGUUUGAAGACUCGGAAGAGGCCGAAGCCAUGUACGAAUACCUCGAAGUGGUGCUGUCGCCUUGGGAGGACGUUAUCCAAGAAUCUGCCUUGCGCAUGACCGACCUUGACAAUCGAAACACUUAUGCAGUCUACCUGCAGCAGACGGGUCGUUUCAGCGAGUCGGAGAAGGUGCUGAGAGGACUGGGCGACUUGAUCAAAAGCAUCCAGGGAGGGCCCACGGAUAAUCCAAUGUAUGAUGUGGUGUAUUAUAACCUGAUGUUGGCAGUGGCUCGGCAGGGUCGAGUGGAUGAAGCUAAGAUGGUGCGUAGCGCGCACCUGGCUGAGGUUCAACGGGCAGAGAGUAUUCACGGGGAGCUGGAGAAGAGACUGGUUUGUGACGCUGAAGAGCGUGCGGUCUACGAUGAGGCACAGCGGCGGCUGGACUCGGGACAAGUCGGCCGAGAGGGUAUGAAGACGGAUGAAUGGUUUGCGACACAUCAAAAGACGCUUAGGAAGACUCAAUUGAAAUAUGGCAAACUACAGACUCCGCAGCUGGAGGUGGCUGAGGAGGUGGCGGCGGCGGCGAUUGAGAUUCCUCCGGUGGUGACUUUGCCGGCCACAGCAGUGCAGAGUGUGGUUGUUGGGACCAGGACGUCUCUCAAGGCUCGGAUAGGAGGGAUAACUCCGUCUGGCGACGCACGGAGCGAGUCCCGAUUUCGGAAGCUCAUCAAAGGUAAAAAGUCACGAGAUGCAACACCUGACAGGGCGGGCUGAUGCACUGAGACUUGUAUCUGGCGAGAGACUUGAUCUAGAGGAAUAGUCGGGCCGUUGGAGGCGAGGAAAAGUGAAGGAUCAAAGUGUCUAUUUGGAGGUCUUCAGUGGAGAUGUGCUGUUAUAUGGCCAGAUGGAAGCCGGUAGGGCGGUGGCGAUCCACUUGGUGAGGGCAGCAUUGACCUCUUGGGCUUUUUCUUGAGCGACCCAGUGGCCUGCUUCGAUGGCGACCUCGGUGAGGUUUCUGCAAUAGCUCCUCAUGGGCUCGGCAAGUCUAGAAUCUUGACAAUCACAGGUAUAAUCCCAGAGGGCCUCGACAAAGAGGGUGGGGACGGAGAUGACACCGUCGUUGACAGACCAGUCAUGGGUGUAGCGAGCAUUUACAUCGUGGUUGAGAUAAUAGGCGCUGAUAUCCCAGAAGCCGGAUUUUUGAUAGGCAUUGGACAUUUGGUCGAAGGUUUCUUGGUCGAGGACGUCGGUAUCCAGAGGGAGGGCUGGCGGUUUGUCCUGGCCACCGAACCAUCCGUUGUUUUUGGUGAUGGAGGCAGUAAAACUCGGUUUGCCCUUGCCUUCGGCACUGCCCUUGCGGUAGAUGAGGCGCAGAAAAUUGGGGAUAUCAGCCUCGUAGUCCUGAAUAGCCUUGGGCCAGGUGUCUGGAUUCUCAUAAAAGGCCUGAUAAUCCCACUGGGCAUAUGGGAAUUCGUCUUCCGGGUAGAUAUCACGGUUUGAAUACUUGACCAAGCCCUCCUCGAUGCCAAACUCGAGGGUCCGGUAUGGAACACACAUGGAGGAGGCACCGAUGCAAUUUUGAGGGUAGUGGGCCACAAAGGACCA